GCUGCUACGUAAAAAGCGCAGCCGUGCAUCUCAGAGGGCUUGCUUGGGGGAAGUUUCUGAAUAUUCUCAUCAUGCGUUUACUUUUUCGAGCCGGACUCGAAGUGAAAAUACAAGUCAGCAACUACCCCCUUCUCUGCCUUCCUCCUGUAGCAAUACUUCCAAAAAGAGCCCAGUAGGACCAUCAACAUCGCGCUGCGCCCAGUCAUGCAUGUCAUGGCAAAACAGGAUCCCAAAAGUUGCUUCUUCAAAACUCACGCAAUUGUGAUUCGAGAUUUCCCGACCUUUAGGCUUAGUUUUUUAGGCGUGAGGGGCGGGGCAGUGGGCCACUCGGAUCAGGUACAGAAUCACCACCGAAAAAAGGAAGAGCAAUGCAGCGCCUGUGCUGUUGCAUCACUACAGUUGUCGACUCUCUUGCACAGCGAGAUUGAAGGCAACUCGGUGGUGUGACUCGCCGCCUGCUGACCAUGUGAACAACUGUAGCAUGUCGCGACGAGAAGGGACAAGCAGUCUGGAGCCGAAAGGCGAAGGGGUCAGAUGGCACUUACGAACCACGAAUACGAUGCCGCGAUAGAACAAGGACGACGAGCCUGGAUCACCUCUUUUUCCGAUCUGAAGUUGUCUAUGUGAUAUUUCGCUGCGUUAUUUUUGUGAUUUG